UCACUCUUGAAGUCUGGCUACCUCGGCUGCUCUCCUCUUCAACCCACACUUGCAAUAUCUUUGGGUUGCCUCGAGCUCUACCACCAAAUACGCCGGAGAAAGCCAUCAUUCAGUGUGCAGGGGAUGGUGAAGGUACUGUGCUCUCUUCACAAUCGCACUUAUUUUCAGUCCUUACACGACCAGUUCGCUAUCGCGUUCGACACAUAUCUUGCCAUUUUGCGCGAGGUGAGAACGCUCGUCGAUCAAGCACUAGGUCGAGACACGCCACACUGGCGUAUGCUUCAUGCAUGUCCAGUGUGCAACUACAAGCAACCUGAUGAGCCCCCUCUUUAUCCUGCACGACUUGAUGCCUUUGAUGGCAACAACUCGCUGAAACGAGUCAACGGCUCUGGCCAUGCCGACGAACGUUCUUUCCCAUCUACAUAUCUUAUCCCCGCUGCUGAGGUGGAUCUAUUCAAAGACGAUGUCCGCCUUCGCCCAGGGACCCGAAUGACCACAGGCGACAACGUCCAUCUCUCAAACAUCCCAGGGACCCAAGCGACCACAGGGGAUGAGGUCCUUCCAUCAAACAAUUCGACUUGUACCGAAAACUGGAGGGUCGCGAACACGACAUCCGAAAACAGCACCAACGUCUUCGAUCAGACCGGUGUCUUUGUUAGCGCAUGUCGCCAUGGUAUUGUUCAAACUUUAGUUGAACUGCGCCGAAGCGGUGAACUUGCGAAAUAUGCCCUAGCAACAGCAAAUAAACUGAUUGACGUGUAUGGAGCCAAUGGUGUGACCGGAUAUGACAUCGGGUGUUCUUUUUCCAAGACAAUUGCUGCAAGUUCGGUUGCUGACAAAGUCAAGAAGGUCAACCAUCGUUUCGUUGUCAAUGCCUUUCACGGGCACGCUCACAACCGCCGUUGUCAACUCCAGUAUCAUACGCUUUAUCAGAAAGGUCUGGGGAUUGAAGAUCUCGAGACUUGUGAGCGUGUCUUUGCAGGUUCAAAUGCUGUUGCCCCACUUAUACGGCACGCAUCAUAUUUUCAUUGGCUGCAAUUUAUCGACCUUCAAUUUGAUCAAUGGGAUCUAGAUCGCUAUCAAGAACUCAGUCAGUUUCUGUACAACAACUAUAAACAGGCGCUUCACAUCAUCAAUGAUCUCGUGCCCGUCGUCCAGGAGUUGAAACAACAGCUCGAUCUUUCAGAUGCUGAUUUCGAGCAAUGGAACAUCGAAGAACUUCAAUAUCUGGAGGCUCUUGCUGCAGAACUGGAGUACGAUCCAGAGAAGAUCGCAUACGUCGAGGCCUUGCAGUCGUUGGCCAAGGCUGAAGCCGAAUAUGGUAGCAUUACUUCCGUUCAAUUUCUUUCAUAUGCGCUGGCCGAUUUCACACAGAACUCAGGUCUACGCAAAGGUCCACAAACUGCAACCAAAGCAUGUGAAGCUGAACGCCGAGCCACCCACAGUAAGCUUGCUCUCGAAAUGAAUGCAGUGCUUGACUUAGAGCACCGGCUUGGUCUUACGGAGCGCUGGACACCACGUGAUCCUGAAUAUCAAGAACCGCUCGAAUAUUUGAACAACAAUCGGUUCGUACAUGCAGUCCAGCGUCUCGAAGGACUUGUUGUACAAAGGCUGUUCGAACUUGCCAAGGCCAACUUGGCUAGUACAGGUUAUAAAAUGCGCCAACAGAUAUCCAAUGCAAUAACUCGCCGUUCGAGUGCGAUUCACCAUGCACUGGAACACUACAACCAACUCGCAGUGUCUGCAAUCCCCUCCAUGAGACAUUCUCAAGUUUAG